AGCAGCCAGCAGAGCAGCCAGAGGGACUGGAAGCUCCAGCAUCUUCCUCGCAUCCAGCCGGCUCCUGCACCCGACGCCUCCCCACGAUGGUCGCCUCUGUGAAGCUCUGGCCCGUGCUGGUUGCCACGACCCUGUGCGUGCUGUUCUGCUUGGGGGUGCUGGUGGAGGCCUACCCCCCCAAGCCAGAGAACCCCGGAGACGAUGCCUCCCCAGAAGAAAUGGCCAAGUACUUCUCUGCCCUCCGACAUUACAUCAACUUGGUGACAAGGCAGCGGUACGGGAAGCGAUCCAGCCCAGAGGCCUUGAUGUCCGAGCUGCUCUUGGGGGACAGCAGUGACAAUGGCAGAUCACGGUACGAGGACUCCUACACCUGGUGACGCGCUCCCCCUGCCCCACCCCCACGCCCUCGUUCACUGGUCCCGUCUUUUGGUGUCAUUUGCGGUUUUCAUUGUGCCCUGAGGAGCUGGGAAUCUUUCUGCCAAGAGGCUCUUCCCUCCCCCCAUUCCCAGCCCCUCCCCCUCCAGAGACAGCAUGGGGCUGAGGGUUCCCCGUGGCGGGGUCACAGCCACAGGUGUGCCCCUUUGCGGGCUGCCGUUCUCAUGAUGUGUGUGAAGUGGCCAAACCCCAGCCCCUCGCUGCCCCCGAGCCGGGCGGCUUUAUUUUGUACGUCGUUUCUACGCAUCUGUUCCCAGCGGAGUCUCUGGUCUCUGCCUCCACAAUAAAGAGCAAG